AUGCUGGGAGGUUAUACUCGACAGGAGACGGGAAGAUCCGACAUAGACUCGCCAUCCACGAGAACUGUGUCGUCCCCACACGUCACUGGAAUCGCACCGCCAGAUUCGGAACAUCCUGUCCAGCGUAUCACUACCGAGCGCGACAUUGGCUCAAGCCAAGAUUUUGGAAACAGAGUCCAAACCUUGUUCGAGCAACGUUCAGUACAAUCGCCCGCCUUUAUUCCACCGCCUUGCAAAUCAACAAGAGAAAGCCUUUUCCCCUCAGAGAGACCAGCCCUCAAGCUGAAACAAACCCUGGGUGCUUCCUACCCUAUCCCCAAUCUUCCUGCCGAGGAAGAGGCCUAUCGACUUCUCGAUCAUGUUUUAUUUUAUUUCGGCGAGACGCAACAUCUCUUCGAUGCCCGCGAUGCAUCUGAUCAAUUAGCUAUUAUCUACGAGGAUCCACAAGAAAGCCUUCGAAAUCCUAGUAUUGGAUUUCUCCAGGCUCUACUGAUAGUCGCUCUCGGAAGGCUCCUCCGCGGUGACUCGGAAGGGUCGAACUCUCCCCCUGGCUUUACAUUGUUCAACUACGCACUGGAUCUCCUGCCAUGUCCUUCAGAGCUACGAGCCCAUGGUGUAGCGGGCAUUGAGGUUCUCGCCAUUGUCACGGUCUAUCUCCAAAACAUCGACCGAAGAGAUGAUGCUGCUUCUUAUAUCGGACUAGCAAUUCGCCUAGCUAUGUUGCAUCGGUUACACCGGAAACAGACACUGCAGAAACUACGUCGAUCAGAGGCAACCCAUGCUAGUCGACUGUGGUGGACUGUCCACAUGCAAGACAAGCGCUCCAUGAUUUUAAAUGGCUGUCCUCUCGCACUUGACGAUAAAUUUGUGGAUACGUAUUUGCCAGCAGAGGCACCUGGUUUCCCAAACCCGUUUGCACUACAGAUUAACCUCGAGGUAGCCCAGAUACAAACGAGAAUAUACUCGGUCAUCUACAGCCAGGAAUCAUGUCCGAAGGAUGAGUUUGUUGCAGGAGUUCAAGAUAUUAUUUCAACUCUGAAUCAACUCGCAAAUCAGAUUUCUCAGGGUUCUGGCUUUUCGGGCGCCUUGGUCAACCAACAGUCAUCAAAGAAAGACCUAAGACUGAGUAUAUCUCUAUAUACUAUCCUCUAUCAGUCAAUAAUCCUUACUCUGCGACCGAUCGUUCUACACUUGACAAAAGCGAUUCUCAGCGGUGAAACCACAUUCUCAAGUAGCGGCAAUGCUUUCCAACAGUUGACCUGCACCUGCAUAGAGGCAGCCCGUCGCUCCCUAGAACUGAUGGUACUUGCUCAAAAAGAGGACAUGAUAGCAAAAUUCGGCUUCUUCGACCUCGACGCUAUCUUCUCUGCAGGAUUUAUCAUGCUCCUUGCUGCAAUAAUCGAAUCAACAAAUAAUACCCGUGGCCACCACCUGUCAUUCCUAAAACCAACCCCUGGCAUACUGGAAUCAUUACAGCUUCUGGACUUCCUGGCUGGAUAUCACAAUCAAGCAGCCAAAGCUCGCCGUGACCAAAUUCAACGACUCUAUGACCACAUCCCAGCAUUAGUCGAAUCCUUACAAAUAGAAACUGGAAAUGGCGGUACCGGACAAUCACCGUUUGGUUCUUCGAGCAGCCCGGCUGUGCAAACACCCCAUGCGACUGGGGGCAAUGCUUCGAAUCGACAUCCCCCCUCAUACAUGAAUACAUGGGAUCCCGAGAACGGCAGAGAUAUGGUGGAUGGGUAUACGGCAUCUUUACCAAUGCCAUUUCCAUCUGAUGCCCAGACCAUGUACUCUUUAUACCAAGGGGAUGACUUUGUUUUGACGGGUGCAGAUGUGGCUGAUUUCGAGGAGCUCCAACGGCAUUUGCUAGGAUCUGAUAUUACUUUUUGA